AUGAGCGAGCCCCUGGAAGCCGCCGACCUUAACUAUAUCGUCACAAAGAGAAUGAGAUUGAAUUGGUCAACGCAUGAUGCGGAUUUGGAGCGCAAGAUCCAGGAGGCGAAGGAAGAGCUGCAGGGACCAGAUCGGGUUCGCCUCGACAUCAGGUUCUGGACAAAGAAAGGUGUGCCGCCACCACCGCGACGGGAGAUGAUGGAGUACGUGCAGAAGGUCGCAGACAUGCUCAAGGACGUCAGCAAUGAAUGGAGGCCGAGGGCGAUUUUCAGGAGAGACGCGACUCUAUUCCUGCAGAGCACCAAGAAGCCCAGCAUCCCUCUCCCUCCCGAGAUCCUCAUACAAGUCUUCUCGGCAUACUGCACGCCAUGUCGCCAUAUUUUCGGCAAAUGCAAGCACCCUGGAUGCGGCCGCGCCGUCCCGGCGCUCGUUCUCAUCAGUGUUUGUCGGAAAUGGAGGGCAAUCGCGCGGGAUUCACCAGUGUUAUGGACAACCAUCAAGCUGUCCAUGAGAAUAAAUGGACAAAUAUCAGUCCUGAGGGACUUGCUGACACUGUCCAAAAAUCGACCAAUUUCCUUGUGUAUCCGCUUCGAACGUGGCGUACGGUGGUGGGAAGGGGUCAACCCAGCGCCCGAUGCAUUGUUCAGCCUCAUAUUUGCGCAUUCCAUGCGCUGGAAAGCACUCGAGCUUUGGUUUUCUGAAAAUCGAAGACUUUUCGUUGGUUAUCUCAAGUCACUUCUUUCGCGAGUAUUGGGCCAGGUACGAGGACGAACGCCCUUGCUCCAAAAACUUUCUGUUCGCCACCUCCGUCCCCACAGCCUGCUCACGAUUCUGGGUUUGCCCGAAUUGUUCUCGGGCGGCCGACUGAAUGGUCAGUGGGUCACCAACUUGUGGGGUGUCGUGAGAUGGGACGGUGAUCUAAUAAAUGAACUCACGGUGUCCACAACCCACGAUCACCAGCUGCAUCUUGAGAUGGACAUCCCUGACUUGGAGGAUGACAUCGUCUGGGUAAGCAUGAAGUCCUUCAUGGAACUUUUGGCGUCUCUCCCCAUCCAUACUUGCACACUUCCUCGACUUACAGUCUUAACGGUGGUAGGCGGCAAGGCUGCCUUGCUGCUGCCUUUCCUCGACGCGCCUUCCUUGCACACUCUGAACGUCCUGAGUGACGCAAACCUCUCUUCUCUCGCCGAUUUCAUAAAACGUUCAAAACCUCAACUGGUAAAAUUAUGUCUGAAGACAGGUACCCCAAUUGAUAUCACCAGCCUCUUUGAUAUCCUAUCCACUCCGGCCGUCGAUUCUGUCACCACUCUUCACCUCCAGUCCUGCCGAGCGAGCGACUAUAAAGCGUGGACGAGAAUCAUUCCCGAAAUGCUAAACCCAGCGCAUACAAGCAAAUUCAGUAGCAAUCGCGGCCGGACCAGCAAGGCUAUCCUCCCCAACUUGCAGAAGCUUAUCUAUUCCACAGAGGCUCCCAUAAUGUACCCAGAAAUCAUUGCAGAUAUGAUCAAAACACGUUGGAACUAUGGAAUUUCCGGCGACAAGUCCCAACCCUCGCAAGGCGUCUCGUCAGGCCCCUUUGCUAGGCUACGAACGGUCCAUCUCAGACCGGCACCCCCCUGCAAGGCACAAUUUCACUCCUUGCUCCGCUCCGAGAUCAGCCAAGGAUUGACAGUUCAUUACAAUCUCCGUGCGUAUUUUUCCGUGGACGAAAACCUCAGUGAAACGGCUUCCCAAAGUUUACAUUGA